AUGGAAAUCAUUACGGAAGGGUUCUACUCGAACCUUUUCCGUUCAUCAACUCCUGUGUCAAGCCCGAACAUCCCCACUGGUGAAGCUCCAGCACGGAUUCUCCCUUCGGAAGUACGAGUCGCUAUCAAGAGCAUGAAACCUGGCACUGCCCCCGGACCUGAUUUUAUAUCAGCAGACUUUCUUCGGGUUCCGCUUCAUGUAAUCUUAGCAGCGCACAUGACAUUCUACCUUCAGAAAGAAAGGAUCCCAGACCAGUGGAAGACCUCGCGAACCGUUCUUAUCCAUAAGAAAGGUGACCGAGAGGACCUUCGGAACUACCGUCCGAUAUGCUUGCUGAGCGUGUUAUACAAAGUAUUCACCAAGAUCAUCCUCACGCGCAUAUCUAGGACGCUGGAUGAAUCCCAGCCUCAAGAACAAGCUGGAUUCCGCCAGCUGCUUGGACCACAUCCAGACCGUGUCGAGAGUCAUAGAGGUUUGCCGGGAAUACCGCCUGCCCCUUGUUCUAACCUUCGUCGACUAUGA